ACACGUCGUGUUACUUUGUAACGUGACUUGUGUUACAAUUCAAAAUUAAACGGAAAGUUUGUGAUACAAUUCGAAAUCGUGUUUGUGUUCCAAAUUUAAAAAAAAAAUUAUAGCAAUUAUUGGUUCCAAAUUUGAAUAUUUGAACUGAGUGAUGACGUAAUGUGUGAAGUUGAGGUACAUUGUGUUACACGUAUAGAAAGCGCGCGAAAUACACUAGCGUUUUAUUGUUACAAACUGAAAUUUUAACAGUUCUAGAUCUCGUCUCGAGCACUUAAACAGGGAACAGAAAAAUGUUAAAGGCGCGGCAGUCAUCAUUAGGCGGAGUCGUAACAAUGCAAUGGCCGGCAGGACCGUGAGGAAAGUGAAGCGCGGCCGGGCCAAGGAAUCUGCAAAUUAUCUUACUCAGCUCCCCGCGAUAAUUGUCACCCCGCCCGACUGCGGGGGAGAUAUGAAGAUCAAAGCACUGGAAAAAUCUGGGGAAGUGAGAAAUGUUAAUAACGCAAGUUUAAACGAGAACUUACAGGACACGUGUAAACAAACGAAAUUCAACACGAUGACUGAGUUCAGUGUGAGACAGUUGAUAGCAAAUCUAUCAGAGAACUCAAGAGCAUCGAAGAACGAAAUAGAAAAUAUACAAAGACGGCUGCUCCAGCAAGCCAACGAGAUAAUGAAAGUCAACACGUUUGCCAAGUCGCAGGCGAUCGCCGAACCGAGAGUUAUCGCUUCGACUCAGAAACAUGGUUCGGCCGUAUACGGACGGAUACCAGUCGCGCCUAGGAAUGCUGUAAUUAACGGUACGCCGAAUUCGGCCGGAGCGGAGCAACCGAAUCAUUCUGAUACGCAACUGGUUCCAGAAAGGCUUCAAGAGACGCGCACAGAUAAUGUUACUGGAGGCAUGAAUAGCGAUCGAGGAAACAUGCAAAGGGUCGGGGCGGCGACGGCGACGGCGGACGCGGGAAGGAUUUUUUUCUACGAAACGAGUUCUGCGGCGCGCGCGGCGACCAGUGCGCGGCCCGCGACCGCCAGAGGUGGAGUUGAGGGCGGACCGCCGUACAGGAUGCCACCGGCGCCCGAGGCAGCGUUGCCCGGCGCCCCUGCGCCUCCCGCGCCCCCUGCGGCCCUGCACACACACUCCGCCAAGUUCCCGAUAGAACGUGAAGUGAUACUAUCGUCUGGUGAGAAGAACUCGAAAGUUCCGAUCUUGCAAGAAGCGAGGAAACGCGGCCGUUUGGGUGCCGUGGCCCCUGACACGCCGCCAAAGACACUCUCUGCUUGGACACAUGCUGAGAAUCAACAAGCGGGCACAUCAGGCGACUUCCGACAGUAUCACGAUCAAAACUAUAGCUACGCAAUGCACCAAAAUCAAAACCAAGGCGCAGUUCCGAGAAACAUACAAAACUACGAUUCGCCCAAGCCGCCAAUACCUGCCAAAAACUAUGGAACCAAAGCCGAUUUGCAAAACAAUUCACAUCAUAUCACUGUUACGGUCGAAACCGGCAAAGAUAAUACGAGAGAUGCUCCAAAAAGUACAAAAUCCGUAAGCAAAACAUACCACACGUUAAAAGAUAUGAUAUCCAGUAGAUUUAAAGGUAAAGACAGCAAUGACAACGAAAAGACUGAAGAACCGAGCCUUAACAACAUUGAAGAAAGGAAAAGACCGGAAACGGAACAAGUGACACCUAGAGAAACACCAACAAGGAAAGUGGAGCAAGGGAUUUAUGGAAGGCCCAUGCCUCAAGCGAGGCCCGACAUGCAAUACUCACAUGGAAUGUCUAAUAAUAUGGCGUACCCAAGCCCCUCACCCCACAGACAACUGAUGCAGCAACAACAAAUAGUCCAACAACAAAUGAUACUGAAUCAACAAGCGAGGUCUCAAGAGAUGUUGUCGUCGACGCCUCACUCGCGCCCACAGGCGCUAGGCGCCGAUGCCCUGUAUCAGCAGUAUGGCCCACCCGGCAGGAGAAGUGCGGUAUACCAGAGAGACAUGGACGUAAGAUCAAUGGCUAACUUCACGUCUUUAAAAUCAGGCCCACAAAAUCAGUUUGACAAUUCACAUUCAAGACCUGAUCUAAGAAGUCCACAACAGUUGGAGAGGGAAAUUGUAAGACAAAGAGGUUUAGUAGAAGGCAGGCGAGCUGCGUCACAUCCUCAUCUCCUUGAUGAACCGCCUCAGCGACCAGAAGUCAACACUCCUCAAAUUCACGAGAGGUCCAGACGAAAUUCACACGGAAAUCUUUUAGAUGGACUACCUGUAGAGAAUAGCCCUCAAAGGAAUAUGACAGAGGAAAGAGAAUCGGAUGAUGGUGGAUUUAGACUCCGUUUAGCAGCUCAAGGUAGAUCAAGUUUUGAAGAACGAAUUCGUACAAGUGGUAGAUCAAUAGAAUCAAAUAGACAAGAACGAUUACAAGAAAACAUUUACAGACGGACGCCUGAAAGUCACAGAGAAUCUAGACGAACGCCAGAUUCUUUAGGAAAUAGACAUAAAGAAGAAACAAAUAAUCAUCAGGGACCUGAAAGAAAUGAUGAGAGUGCAAGUCAAAAGUCUGCAGAUAGCGUUUAUAACUCCAGUGGGAAAGCUGAAACGUAUCAUCCUCAGCCAUCAUCGUCUAGACAUACGCCUAAUAGGAUAGAAGACCUGAAAGCUCAUGGUAAGAAAGGGGCUAAUGGUUCAGGAGCUAGUUCAGAUUACGAUAAGAACGGUGGUCAGUCGUCCAACGUGGACUCGGGCCGAGGUAGCGUUGCGUAUUCCAGUGGCCGGAGACCGGAGGCCAGUCCGCAUGACACGUCUGCAGAUUCUGACGCUGUUGCUCAUCCGAGGAAUCAACCUCAACCAGGCACAAGUCAACAACAAACUGUACCUAAUGGUGAAAACGAGUGGGCAGAUCUAGUGGAAUGCGAACUGCGUCAAAUACUUGAGCCCAAGCUGUCAGCUUUGCGCCUGGACUCGUCCGCGAGCUCGGAUGGGUCAGUGACACCACCCCUACCGCCUCUUUCGCCUUCCUCUGACUUGCACAAGAGAAAUAGUCUUCCGGGUCGGUCGUCAGAAUACCCUGAAGAGCGGCGUCGCGGGCGCGAGUCACCGCGCUGGCACGGACAUAAGAAACACUCUUCUAAACGCGACCAUCAUUAUAAGAAACAUUUGUUCGGCUUGGACACGACGGACGUGACGUCGACGACGACGCGCAGCUUGGACCUAUCGUCGCUACUGGGCGCGCGCUCCGACAGCGACGCGUCCGGCGGAGACGCGCGCGCCAUCCGCCGGCAGCUGCGCGGCCUCGAGAACAUGUAUGCCGAGGUGCUGCAGCUGCUGGGUGUGCGCCGCCCCGCGCCUGCGCACGCCUCUCAUGGACCCCACACUCCCGCCUGGGACGCAAGACUGUCGUCAAAGCGACGCUACGGCAGUAUGUCGUCGCUGCCGUCUAGUUCGGUGAGCAGUCGGCCUGUACGCGACAAACGGCGCAGUUCCAACGACCACAGGAAGAAGCACGACCUCAAGGGCAUCAACAAAAGGUUCCAACGACUGGAGUCGCACGUGGUGACGCUGGCGCGCUCGGUUGCGCACCUCUCCAGCGAGAUGCGCACGCAGCACCUCGUCAUGCAGGAGAUGGACAACAUCCGCGCAGAGAUCGCCGCUCUCAGGCACAUGUACAAAUCGCAGCAGUUCAUAAGGUCCGGACACCAGCGACAUCUGGAUCCGUACUCAUUCAGCAACCCGGAUCGCGUCAAGCGGCUCACCAAAUUCUUCGGCGACGAACCUCCACUCAUGCGACUCUUUCUCAAAAAACUUGGAUACGAGAAAUAUGCAGCAUUGCUAGAAAAGGAGAAAGUUGGUGCAGCGGAAUUACCUUACGUUGGUGAGGAUAAAUUGCGCUCGCUAGGAGUACCUCUCGGGCCCCGGAUGAGGAUACUGAAGGAGGCCGGCAUACAUCAGGACCUGCACGCGCGCGACGACCACAACACCACCACCACUACGCUGGCUAUCGUUUAGUUAACUAUCCAGACGAUGAAUAAAAGAGAAACAGAUGAAAUCAAUAUUUGAUCUCGAAC